AUGCCCGUGAAUCGUCUAAAUAAACUGACGAAUUUCACACCCACCAGCCUUGUGGAUCACAAUCCGACCGCGGUCACCCAUCCGCCCAAUUCGGAUAUCUUGGAUAAGAUCGACGUGAAGAAAUUGUUGGACGUGUUGCAGAUUCUCAACGAGGAAAAAUCUGCACAAGUGUCAGAAGCAACGAGUUUACCUUCAUCAACUGUAGUGAAYGUGGUCCGCGAUUUCGACUAUUCGAAAGAAUGUAAGAUCGACGAAGAUUCGUCGAAAAAUCAGGUUACGGAACAGAUGAUUUUUAACACGGCAUACGACAAAGUAUUGGAACAUAUAAGAUUGGUUAACGAAACCAUUCAAAAGAAUUACGAAUUAUUAAUGAAGCUUAAUAUCUUGAAGGGAAUGCUUAUGAUGGAAGAAAUUAGUGUUCAUUCAAAAGAGUCGACACCGUGGAUUAAAUACUUCUCCAAAUACAAAAAUAUUGCUAACAAUUAUUAA